AUGGCCCAACGUUCCAGCAAUCGGUGGUCAUCCUUCUGCCAGGCCGGCAAAAGCGCGUGCCUCAGGAAGAUUGGAGGCGAUGCUGAGACGUCCUACAAAAAAGUGGUAUACGUGUCAUUGUCGUCGGCGCCGCUUAGCAUAGCGAGCUUGUUCUUUGCAGCAAGGCUAGUCAAAGACCUCAAGGGUUUAAUGAUGAUCGUCAAGGCCUGCAAGUUCCUUGCUGCCCAUGAUACUGCGGACCCGAUACGCAGCGUUGUUGCCAGGGUUGCAGUUAGCAGGGUUGCAGAUAGCAAGGUUGGAGAUAGCAGGAGUGCAGGGAUAGCAAGGUUGCCAGAGAGCCAGGGUGAAAACCAUUUAUUUUUCUAUACCUUAGUUGUAGCAUUCAUCAUCGCAUACAGCCAGAACACAGCUCUGAUAGGAAAUGAUGGCCUUCUACCAGCAAACACAUAUCUGCAAACCCUCAAGGCUUCAGCUAAGAGUGACCCGAUGAAAAUGUUCACAUCAGCCCCGACACUGCUUUGGUUCAUGGACUGGGAGUCAGACAUUGACCGCUGUUUGGAGUACAUCUCAUUGGCUGGAAUUGUGCUGGCGUCUGUCGUUACGUUGACAGGAGCAGCCAACAUGGUCGUUAUGGUGGCUCUGUGGAUGCUGUACCACUCCAUUGUUAAUGUUGGCCAGCGAUGGUACUCUUUUGGUUGGGAAUCUCAGCUGUUAGAAACUGGGUUUUUAGCAAUAUGGUUCUGCCCUCUUCUGUCGUGGAGGCAAUUACCUAGGAAGACUCCGCCAUCCUUGCUUGUUGUCUGGGGUCACAGAUGGCUAAUCUUCCGUAUCAUGUUAGGUGCAGGUCUGAUUAAAAUUAGGGGUGAUGAUUGUUGGACAAAGUUGACCUGCAUGAACUAUCACUAUGAGACCCAGCCCGUUCCCAAUCCACUCAGCUACUACCUGCACAGAUCUCCAAUCUAUAUCCACAAUCUGGAGGUCGCAGGGAAUCACAUCAUAGAGCUUAUUGCACCCUGGUUCAUCAUCAUGGGCAGACGAAUGUGUGCUAUCAAUGGUUUCCUUCAGAUCUUCUUCCAGGUGGUCCUAAUUCUGAGUGGAAAUCUAAGUUUCCUCAACUGGCUAACGAUACUUCCAAGCAUUUGUUGCUUUGAUGAUUCGCAUCUAACAUUCCUGUUUGGGAGCAGCACAAAGAACCAGGUGGCGCAGUUGCAGCAAGAUGUGAAAAGUAGCAUGACGGCUCAUCACGGUCGCGGGCUGCGCAGAGUCGUCGAGGUGUGUGUCGGUGUCGCGCUCGUCUACCUGAGCGUGCCCGUGAUCGCCAACCUCGCGUCGGCCAAGCAGGCGAUGAACACGUCGUUCGAUCCGCUGCGCAUUGUCAACACGUACGGCGCGUUCGGCAGCAUCACUAAGGAGAGAACAGAGGUGAUACUGCAGGGCACGUACGACGAAGACCCUCUCAGUGCCAGCGCCACGUGGGAGGAGUACGAGUUCAAGUGCAAGCCAGGCAACCUGUCUCAGCGUCCUUGUGUAAUCUCUCCUUACCACUACCGACUAGACUGGCUAAUGUGGUUCGCAGCCUUCCAGAACUACCAGUAUAAUCCGUGGCUUGUGCACCUGACUGCUAAGCUGUUGGUGAACGAUCAGCUGGUGACAAGUCUGAUGGCACACAAUCCUUUCAUGGGCAGCGAUCCGCCGCGGUAUAUCCGUGCUGAGCACUAUGUCUAUGAAUACACACACCCAGAUAGCAAGGAGGCCCAGGCGGGCAACUGGUAUAAGAGAAGUUACCGCUCCACGUACAUGCCACCCGUGGACCUGGAAAAGCUCGCCCCCGGGCUGAGGCACCUCGGCUGGCCUGUGCCGGAUACUCCAGAGAAGUAUAUCAACAAAGGUGCUGACAGUGCGACACCGGAACAGCAAGCUAGAGAGGCAGCAGGAGGUAAAAUACCAAAUAAGGCAACUAAACAAACAUCAGGGGGUCCAAAUCCGAGUAAGGAAGCUAAACAAGCGGCAGAGAGUCAAAAAUUAAAGGAACAAGCUAAACAAGCGGCAGAAAGUCUAAAAUUAAAGGAACAAGCUAAACAAGAGGCAGAGAGUCAAAAACUGAAGGAACAAGCUAAACAAGCGGCAGACAGUCAAAAACUGAAGGAACAAGCUAAACAAGCGGCAGACAGUCAAAAACUGAAGGAACAAGCUAAACAAGUGGCAGACAGUCAAAAACUGAAGGAACAAGCUAAACAAGCGGCAGAGAGUCAAAAACUAAAGGAACAAGCUAAACAAGCGACAGAGAGUCAAAAACUAAAGGAACAAGUUAAACAAGCGGCAGAGAGUCAAAAACUAAAGGAACAAGCUAAACAAGCGGCAGACAGUCAAAAACUAAAGGAACAAGCUAAACAAGCGGCAGAGAGUCAAAAACUGAAGGAGCAAGCUAAACAAGCGGCAGACAGUCAAAAACUGAAGGAACAAGCUAAACAAGCGGCAGAGAGUCAAAAACUGAAGGAGCAAGCUAAACAAGAGGCAGAGAGUCUAAAGCUGAAGGAACAAGCUAAACAAGCGGCAGAGAGUCAAAAAUGAAAGGAACAAAUGAAACAAGCGGCAGACAGUCAAAAGGUGACGGAGCAAACUAAACAGACAAAAGAUGGUCAAAAAUCCAAAUGAACGAGUUAAACAGACUGCAGAUGUCAAAAAGACAGCGAACAAGAUAAACAGAUAUUAGUCAAUCUUAAACGCCAGGGGCCAAGGAAUUGGGGCAGUAGACAGGUUAAGUCCAGAUCAACAGAUAACAGGAAAGCCAUAUCAGCAACACCACGGAAGCUAAAUACGCAGACAGCAAACAUGUAGAAUCGAGUCUUACUGUAGGUUUACUCUCGGUCCUAUGACAUCCCGAAUGCUAGGUCCAUAGCUGGCGAGAGAACAUGGUGCGGUGACAGCCAAGCAAAGCGAAGAAAAACUUCGAGAACCUGUCUUACAAAUGCAUAAAUUCCUAGCAUAAAAUGCCAAGUUACUUAUGUGUGCUUCGCAUUUUAUCGAUGCUUUCGAUAGAAUUUAUUAUAUGCUUUUAAUUAUUACUCAAAAAUGGUAUGCUCACUGUACAUGAAUUCAUCAUGAAAACUCACUCUCCUUUCUGUGCACGCGUCUAUGUAAAUUCAAGUCCAAAAUAAUUUAUAUUGUACGAUAUUUUUGAAAUGAAGAAAAUGUUUCUUGAAAAGAAUCGAAGUAGCCUUAGAAACAUGUUCGUUUAUUUGUAACCCAUUCUACUUUCAGGCACAACUGCCUAACUGUCAAAUCAGCAAAUUGCCUCGUUAUAGCUACGGUUCUGCAGUUGGAGGGUCACGGCCCAGCUUGAUUUUUUGUACAAAUAGUAAGAAACAUGAGUCUACAUACGCCUUAUUUGAACUAAUUGCAGGGAAGGAAUUCGUUAGUCGUAGUAUCUCUAACCUCCGAACGUGAUAUUUAUUCGUUGAAGUCUAGGAAUAUGCUGUGUUGUUCACAGGUCGGCUUGCUAGCAGGCAGUUAUGGCCGCCGUUUGCGUACUUGACACCUCCGCUAACCUGAUGUUGUUCAGAGGAAAAGACACCUCAGACAUGUGUCAUGCUCGAGCUGUUUAUCGGGCCGCCUGCGACAAACACUGCUGCCUCCCAUAAACACCGUGCGAGAGUCGUUGACUUUAUUCGCUAUGAAAUCUCGCUAUGAAUCUCGCAAUCACGCUGUGGCUGGCUACGCAGGGAAUGAAACUGAGCGUGUUCAUGUAGUUGGUUCACUCAUAAAUGAACGUAAAUACGGUUCGCAACCGCUUCAGUCUGUAGUCAGCUCGUGAGGUAGUGUAACUCCACUCACUUAUAGUGUUUUCAGAUUUAACUGUAGUCUGGCCAUAGCGAGUGGAUGGAAUCUCAUGAGUUGAUGUGUGCCUCAGCUAUGUGUUUAUUAUGACGUGCAUAAUUUAUGACGCGGUGGGUGGCAUUUGCGCUGCGCGCAUUCUUCAUCGAUGGCAUGACGUUAUUAUGUGCGAUCUUGGGGCCUUUUGCCAGUUACCAUUACCCGUCUAACGGUAAAGUGACCCCCUGCCGCGCCCUGGAUAGCGGCCACCCCGGAUACACGCCACCGUCAUAGCGCCGACCGGCAGUCUGUUUGUAUAUGCAGACGGACAGCCGUAGCCAGUUAAAUCGUAGCGAAUGUUCACGUGACAUGUGUGGAGACUACGGGAGGUGAUCCUCGCGCGUGCGAACAGGGCGCGCCAGCGACCGCGUUCGCUAGCGUUGCUUAGCGAUGGCAGUUGCUGUGAUGGAUGCUCUGCGUUUACGCAAGUCCCCGCUGUCAAAUUGGGAAUAGGUCCUAUGCUGAUUGGCAAUGAAUCAACGUUAGUUUGCGGGUUGCUUUGGUGAUAGGGGGGACUUGUUAGUGUGCUGUCAGAUUUUAUUCGCAUUUGUAAGCGAUGGGAGCGCAGUCGGAAUGGGGAUUCCACAUGUAACGAGCGAAUUAUCUCUCGUUCAGAGCGCGUCAAACGUGAAAAGCCGACUGAGCGGACUCGCUAGAAACGCCGGUCACGUGUCAAGAAGCAGCGGCUCAUUGUUGCCGCUAGAUCGCGCUGCUGCUGCUAUCAGUUGUCGGGUCGCAUUCUAUUUAUGCUAUUACACGUAAACGCUGGGCGUGAUUGUUCACUCAAGUGGGCAACGAAAUCCCGCCCGUCUUCUGGUGCGGAGAUGAAAGCACGCCGACUAUCCCUCUCCUACUCUUUUUCUUUCUCCCUCCCUAUCUCUCUUUCUCGAUGCUACGCAAGAUAAGCCUCUUGUUGGUUGCUGUUAUACUGCGUAACUCUUUCCAUUCGACAGUUAUUGGAAUGGCAUUCAUACGCGGCUCCGGCUCCUUUGUUGGUGUUUCUACGUUAGUAGUCACCAAGAAACAAACUUGCCGUGUUGUGUCUGCGCGACGCGUGAGAAGUUUAUGUCCAAGGUCGAUUGAGACGCGAGUUACGAUCUGUAUUGCAAAGCUGUAGCGGAGGGAUGGAUGUCUAGUGGUUGAUUGUUACGACUGUGUUACCCUAGGUCGCUAUUUGUGAAUAGUCUUAAUUCUCUGUCCAAUCGUGAUGCUAAUUCGAAAUAUUCGUUGAAAUAUUUGUUUUUGUGACAUGCAAAUGAAAGUCUGCUAGCCGAAGAUCUAGGCUGUCGAUGUUGAACUGUACUUGCCGUUGUCUUUUUGAGAAAACUAACAGCAAAGCUAUGGUGAAAGUUUACGUGUAUAAGCGUUGAUAUAUACCCUUAGUAUCACAACGAGCGAAGAUGUUCAGGUUACGGUUAAGGUUAAGUUAGGUUGACUAGGUGAUAGAUUUGAAUAUUUUUGAUACACAUUAUUAAUUUCUAACAUUUCUAUUAAGUCUAACAAUGUCGGCACGGUGAAUGUAUAUUUAACAUUUUUACAACGUCUUUACCUGUGUUGGAUUUGUUACGUUUAUAUAAUAAAUGACGGGUGCACCUGA